UUGUUCUAUAUAAUAAUCUCAUAUCUAAAGUCUACUACCCUCCCUAGUCUGCCUCCACGGCAGUGGCUCCCGGAGGACCAGCGGAGCGUCAUUUCCGUAUUGGUUGAUGUUGAUUGAUGUUGGGUGGUAGUUGAUGUUGGAUGAGUGCACGUGGUGAGUGAGUAGAUUGUAGGGAGGGGUAUAUGAAGUGGGAUGGGGUUUGAUGCGGGUUGGAAGAUAUUAUGGGAUGUCUUGAAUGAAUGAGUGGUAGGUUUACGUAUAUUAUGAUUUCGAAUGGAAUAUUAUAAUAAUUCAAAUCGUUGUAUAUUUAUGAGUUAAGCAGAUAUGGAUAUAUUAGGUAAUAAGUUGUGAGGAGCAUAAAAUCGCCUUCCCUUUAUUGUUAACCUUGCUAUGCUAUCUGCAUGUCAUAUCGCGAUAAGAAAGACAGAUAGAUACCUACGUAGCACAUAUGACCUCACAGCCCUUGAAAGUAAACCCCAUCUCUCACAAUUUACAAUACAACUCACUCGCAACACACAAUUCAUUCAACCCCUCACACAAGAAACCAACAAACAAGCACAAAUCACAAACCCAACACCCCCAAAAAUGUCCAACACCCCAUCCCUCCUCUCCCUCAACUCCCCAACCGACAUAACCACCACCUGCAAAACCUACCCCCUCACCCCCACCGAACUCAGCACCCUGCAAACGCGUUCCUCCGCCGCAAAACUCACAGCCUACUGUCCGUACUCACGAUUUCGCGUCGGCGCUACGAUCCUCACUAAAAACGGAGAGUUUGUAGAUGGGGCUAAUGUGGAAAAUGCGGCGUAUCCAGUGGGAACUUGUGCCGAGAGGGUAGCGUUUGGGAAGGCGGUUACGGGGGGUUGGAGGGACGUGGGGUUUAGAGCUUUGGGGUUGAGUACGGAUGCUAGUGGGGAUGUGCCGGCUAGUCCGUGUGGGAUGUGUAGACAGUUGUAGGUUUUUUGGUUUCUUGGUCUUUUGGGGGAGGGUGUUGGAUAGUUGGGGAAUUGCUAAGUUGAGAGGAUGGGGAAGAAGAGGAUGGAUUGAUAUUUGAGGGGAUUUAAUGUGCUAAUUCGUCUGAAAAAUAUAGUAUACGCGAGUUUUGCGAUUUGGAUAUGCCAAUCUUUAUGUUUGAUAAUGAUGGGAAGUUUGUCGUUGCGAAGUUAGAGGAGGUGAGUGUCAUUUUCUUUAUGAUGGAUAGAGUUGUUGAAUAGGGAUAUAAGAUUGUUGGAUGUAUAGCUAACGAUAUAUACAUAUGUAGCUCCUACCAAUGUCUUUUGGGCCGGAAGCUUUACCACCGAGGGAAAGUUUGGGGUGAGGAUCAUAUUUCGAAUGGUUUUGAUGAUUUUGAUGGUUUUGAGAGUGCGAUGGAAUAAGUGGUGUGGUUGUGUUGUGUGGGGUGGGUGGAGUUAUAUUGGAGUUGAAAUAUAAGA